ACAUUUUGGGUGCGUCCCUACUUCUGUCAACACUUGCCCAAUUCGUCAGCGCCUCGCAGCGUCUCCUCUCUCUCUCUCUCUCUCUGUCUCUCUCUCUCUCAGAUUCAAAACACCCAAAGCGCUCAAACGUCGCCUUGGUCGGUUAACUCCUCUCCUCCACCUCCCUGAUCCUUCGCUCCCACAUCUCUCUUCUCGCAUUCCCAUUCCUCCCUGUCCUUGUUCACCCAUGUUCCUUCUCCUCGUCUUCCCCUGCUCGAAUUGGUGCUAGAUUCUCCGAAUUAUUACUAGGGCUUUUUUUUUUUUUUCAGUACAUUCUCAUCAAUUUUCUUUCAAUCCACGUUCUUGGUCAUCCGCCAAUGUCCGCUUCGACAGUGUCGAUCACAGCAAAUCCAGCGGCGCGCCGGAGGCCGGUGGUGGCGGGAGAGAAGAAGUCGGGCAUCGAAUUGGUGACUAACGAGGCUGCCGUCCCACAAGUUAACGGCGGCGGGGAUGAUGGGGUUAGUGGUGGGAAGGAUCUCAGUCAUUCGAUUAGGGGAGAGGUUGUGCUCGAGAGGUCGAAAGAAGUGGUGCAGGUCCGGAAGGGCUUAGCCAGUUCCACCUUAUCGCCCCGACGGAACAGGAAGGUCUUGACGAAGCCCGAGAAGCCGAGGUGGCACACCGUACUUAGUGUCUUUACGAAAAAUUUCUUGCUUCUUCUUGUGCUGGUAGGACUUGUACAGAUGAUUCGAAAAUUGGCGCUCAAGUCUGCGGAUAGUUCGGCGGGGGUACCUAUGGGGGUGGGUGUUUCAGAUUUCGAGGGGCGAAUUGCGGAGGUGGAGGGGUUCAUGAAGACGACGACGAAGAUGAUGCAGGUGCAGGUGGAGGUAGUGGACAGGAAGAUUGAGAACGAGGUUGGGGGGUUGAGGAGGGAAUUGAAUAAGAAGAUUGAGGAGAAGAGUGCUGAAUUGGCGAGUGAGGUGAAAAGAUUGGAGGCUGAGAGUGAGGGCUUGGCAAAGGCAGUUGGCGAGUUGAGGGUGAUGGAUUUAUUGACGAAAGAAGAUUUGGAGAGGUUCUACGAUGAGUUGAAGGACGCCAAGGGCAGCGAGGUCAGAGAUAGCGAUAUGAGUUUGGAUGAUAUUAGAGCUGCAGCAAAGGAGAUAAUUGAGAAAGAGAUUGGGAGGCAUGCGGCUGACGGGCUUGGGAUGGUGGACUAUGCACUGGCUUCGGGUGGGGCCGCGGUGGUUAAGCAUUCAGAACCAUACAUUACCAGGAAGGGAAGUGGUUGGUUUAAUAUGGCAAAUCCAAAUGGGGUUCAUAAUGAUGCGAACAGGAUAUUGAAACCUAGUUUUGGAGAGCCGGGUCAGUGCUUUCCACUGAAAGGAAGCAGUGGGUUUGUUGUGAUUAGGCUAAGAACAGCCAUUGUUCCAGAGGCUAUUACUUUGGAGCAUGUUGCUAAGAGUGUUGCUUAUGACAGGUCGAGUGCUCCCAAGGACUGUCGUGUCUCAGGAUGGCUACAAGGGCGUGACACUGAAUUAAGUAGGGAGAAAAUGUAUCUUUUGGCAGAGUUCUCUUAUGAUCUUGAGAAGAGCAAUGCUCAGACCUUCAAUGUGUUAGAUUCAGCAGGCACUGGCAUUGUUGACAUGGUUAGGUUUGAUUUCACAUCCAACCAUGGAAGUCCUUCCCAUACUUGCAUUUAUCGCCUGAGGGUGCACGGCCACGAACCUGACUCAGUUUCAAUGAUGGCCAUGCAGUCUUGAUCCUUUGAUGCCACUCCGCAUUGGCUGCUCACUUGUUAAAUUUGUUCUGUAAUUUUGGUCCAUGCCUUCCUCUGAUUCUUUGUUAGGGUUUUUCCUUUCUUUUCUUUUCCUUUCCUUUGUUAGGUUUUCUUUUUCUUCUAAGUUUCCAGUUCCGAGUUUGUGCUGACCAUAUAUUUUUUUUUGUUUAAGUAUCAGUGUGCUUUAGAUGUUUGUACUUUCCUAGUGUCAGCAACUGUAUGUGUGCUUUAGAUCCCUUUUGCCCCUUCUUUUCCCCCUUUGCGUAAUUAUGGAGUAUGCUCAGUUUAAUGAGAUGACCUAUUUCGCA